UACAAAUGCCCCUCCUGCAUGAAGCGCACUAGGCAGUAGAUGUCGUGAUCAAACUGAAGAUUCAUAUUUUUCACUCAGUCCCUGACAAAGUAGUUUAGCAAUAUGUGUUUCGACAUUUUAUUCUGAAUGUGUUGCAAGGUCGCCCGGCCACAGCAGCAACAUGGGCUCUCACCGGUCGAACAGCUUGUCCAAGGAGAGGCUCAAGUGGACGAAAGAACUGCACGACUUGUUCGAGAAGGCAGUCAAUCAGAUUGGAGGUCCAGACAGGGCAACUCCUAAAGGUAUUCUCAAGGCCAUGGGUAUUCCUGGACUGACUAUCUUUCAUGUCAAGAGUCACUUGCAGAAAUACAGGAUGUCAGUAUUUACUCGAGAAGAAGACUACACGAAAGGGAAGCUUGAUAGACGAAGCGUAUCAGAGAUGCUGCCCAACUUCAGUGCUAUCUCGGGUGCACAACUAAACGAGGCAUUGCAAAUACAAAUGGAAGCCCAGAGAAGACUGAGCGAUCAGCUUGAGGUCCAGAAAAGCUUGAAGAUGAAAAUCGAAGCACAGGGAAGAUUUCUAGACAAGAUCAUGGAGGAGUACAAGAACCGACAGCCAGGAACCACCAAGCCAUACUCUCCGAUUCACUCACUGCCGUCUCUCAGUGAGGAAUCGGAGCAGUCAAAUGACAAGGAAUUCGACUCAGACUUGGAAGGCAUUAGUGAGAUAUCAUAUAAAGAAGAGUUCCGGCCUCCAAAGAGGAUCAAGAUUGUUCAGGAAAAUGUUGUUCCACAAAUGCCAAUAUCGUUCAAUCUUGAUUCACCAAACUUGAAUAUGGUCCCUCUAGAUGGGAUUAGCAGGAAUCUAUAUGCAGAGCAGGAGAUGGGCUUCAUGCCGUGGGGCAGCGACACCUUCUCGCCGUCACCACUGCUGCUGCCGCCGGGCAUGUACAGCCAUCUGAAUCGGUAAUAAAUAAUAGAAGGGUGUCUUGUUUGUGCAGUAUAAUAAGGUUUAUGUGUUGGUGGGGACUGAAAUCGAUGGUCAGUGUGUAAUGAUGUACGUACUGAAUAAUAUGGCCAGAAUUGCCAUCGUU